AUGGGCCGCGGGCGAGGCGGUGGAGGUGGCAAGCCGCGGGGCGGGCGCGGCGGCCGGGGCAACCGCUUCCGCAAGCGCGACUUCAAGGAGAAGCGGCCCGACGAGUGGGACGAGCGACACAACAAACGGUUCCGCAAGGACGUCAACGGAUACACGGUGCCCCUCACGAUGGAGAACGCGGCGUUCGAGGACUACUACAAGCGGCAGGGCAUCGUCGAGGAGACGGAGUGGGAGGACUUCAUGACGGCCUUGCGGACCCCGCUGCCGCUGACCUUCCGCAUCAACGGCGCGGGGGCCUUCGCGGACUCCCUCCGCGAGAAGCUGAAGAAGGACUUCCUGAGCGACUUCUCCGACGAGCCGCUCGAGGUGGACGGCGAGGUCAUCGCGCCCCCGCGGCCCCUCAAGUGGUACCCGCGGGAGCUGGCGUGGCAGCUGUCCUUCUCGCGCAAGCAGCUGCGCAAGGUGCCGCACCUGGAGUCCAUCCACGAGUUCAUGAAGGUCCAGAACGACGCCGGCGGCAUCACGCGGCAGGAGGCGGUGUCGAUGGUGCCCCCGCUCUUCCUGGACGUGCGCCCGGAGCACCGCGUGCUGGACAUGUGCGCCGCGCCCGGGUCGAAGACGGUGCAGCUGAUCGAGAUGCUGCACGCGGGGCAGGGCGUCCCGCCGGGCCUCGUCGUCGCGAACGACGCGGACACGCAGCGGUGCAACCUCCUCACGCACCAGACCAAGCGGCUGUGCUCGCCGUGCAUGCUCAUCACCAACCACGAGGCGCAGAACUUCCCCGUCGUCAGCGCGCCGGACGGCUCGCCGCUCCAGUUCGACCGCAUCCUCUGCGACGUGCCGUGCUCCGGCGACGGCACGCUCCGGAAGAACACCGACAUCUGGCGGCGCUUCACGGCGCACAACGCCAACGGGCUGCACGUGCUGCAGCUGCGCAUCACGCUGCAGGCCUGCCGCCUCCUGAAGCCCGGCGGGCGGCUGGUGUACUCGACGUGCUCGUUCAACCCCGUCGAGGACGAGGCGGUCGUCGCCGAGGUGCUGCGGAGGUGCAAGGGCGCCAUGGAGCUGGUCGACGUGUCGCGGGAGCUGCCGGCGCUCGCGCGGUGCGCGGGGAAGACCAAGUGGGUCGUGCGGGACAAGGCGCAGUACUGGGAGGAGUGGAACGACGAGACGCAGCACAAGGCGUGGAAGCUGGAGCCGUCGAUGUUCCCGCACGCCGACACGGCCGACAUGCCGCUGCACCACACCAUGCGCUUCCUCCCGCACCACUCGGACACAGGCGGGUUCUUCGUCGCGGUCCUGCGCAAGACGCGCGAGAUCCCGGACCUCUCGCAGCUGGUGGUGCACCCCGCGCGCCGCGCGCCCCCCAAGGGCGCCGCGGGCGCCUCCGCGGGCGACAAGACCGAGGACGAGAAGCCCGAGGUCAACGACGACGAGGGCGGGAAGGCCAUCGACACGGCUGACGCGGGUGACGCGGAGGAGGACUGCAACGCCGACGCGCCGGACGACGCGCCGAAGGAGGAGGAGCCCGCCGCGGGCGCGGGCGCCGACGACGCGGACAAGCCGCUGCCGGGGGCGCGCGGGGGCGGUGGUCGCGGCGGCCGACAGGGCGGGAAGCACAAGGGGCUGGACCCCGUGAUGCCCGUGUGCGACCCGGAGAUGCUGGCCAAGGUGCGCGACUUCUACGGGCUGAGCGACGGCAUCAACCUGGAGACGCAGCUGGUGACGCGGUCGACGGGCGAGGCGGUGGCGCGGCCGAAGAAGGUGUACGUCAUCAGCCGCGAGAUCAAGGACCUGCUGGCGAUGGACCGCACGGAGCGCAUGAAGAUCACCGCGCUGGGCGUCAAGGUGUUCGAGCGGCAGGAGGCCAAGACGCCCGAGGGGUGCUCGUACCGCAUCGCGCAGGAGGGGCUCCCGCUGAUCCUGCCCUACAUCACCAAGCAGAAGGUCUUCGUGUCCGCGGAGGAGUUCGCGCGCCUGCUGGACCAGCGCGUGGUGCCCGUGCUGCAGGAGGGCGGCAAGAACGAGCCCGACGACCAGGGGCGCAUGCCGCUGUCGAACCCGCACACGCUGGAGCAGCUCAAGAGGGCGCGCGGGGGGUGCUGCGUGGUGUUCCUCAAGGACGACGACGCGAAGGCGCUCGGGUACGUCACCAGCGACCGCUCGGACGACGCGCACGGGCUCGCGGCCGCGUCGCCGCUGGCGAUAGCGUGCUGGCGCGGCGUCGGGUCCGUGUCGAUCCUGGUGAACAAGGCGGACGCCAAGAUGAUGCUGGAACGCCUGCGCGACGCGAUGAAGGACCUCGAGGGGAAGACGGAGGCAGCCAAGGCCUGA